AUGAAAAAAUCAGAGAAGACUCGAGCGCAUGCAAUAUAUAUAGAUUUAAAAAUUCUCUCGACAAUCAGUCCAUAUAAUAGAAUAAUUUUGAUACAAUACUUACAAUUUAAAGCACCAAGACUAAUUUUUCUAAAUACAAUAGUAAAAGAUGACAGGAAUAUUAGACCAAUUAGCUGCAAGACUGAACACCAAAAAUCAAGAUCUUAA